UGACUCAAUUAUUUACUUUGACAAUUCUUAUAAAUUCCCAUUUAUCUCUUCUGCUUUAUUCUCUUAACCAAAUCAUCUCAAUAACAUUGCUUUUCUGAUCGCCCUUUCAGAUCUGCAAGAUUAAACCAAUUUUCAAUUCCAAAGCGGAAAGUUCUUGAAAGUAAAAGUUAAUCCAUCAAAUAUAACCCCGCGAUUUUGUCAAGAUGCCCAUGCUUAAAGAUCCCUCAACGAAAUACAAGAGAUUUCCUCCCAUUCAAUUGGCGGAUAGACAAUGGCCUUCCAAAACCAUCGAUAAACCUCCAAGAUGGCUCAGCACAGAUUUACGAGAUGGCAACCAAAGUUUAGUCGACCCUAUGGAUGGUGAACAAAAAUGGAAAUACUUUAAGAUGUUGGUAGAGCUUGGUUACAAGGAAAUUGAAGUCUCAUUCCCAUCUGCUUCGCAAACAGAUUUCGAUUUCACCAGACGCCUUGUUGAAACUCCCGGUGUCGUACCUGAUGAUGUCUGGCUCCAAGUUCUCUCACCGUGUCGUGAAGAAUUCAUGAAGCGAACCGUUGACUCCCUUAAGGGCGCCAAGAAGGCUAUUUUACACAUUUACCUUGCUACCAGCGAAUGCUUCCAGAGAAUUGUAUUUGGCUUAAACGAGGAAGAAGGUUUGGCAUUGGCAGUCAAGUGUGCGAAAUAUGCUCGAUCCAUUACAAAGGACGAUCCCGAACACGCCGGUACUGAGUGGGCUUUUGAAUUCAGUCCUGAAACUUUUUCGGAUACUAAUCCAGACUAUGCGAUCCGGGUGUGUGAGGCAGUCAAGGAGGCAUGGGGUCCGACAGUAGAGAAUCCAAUCAUCUUCAAUCUCCCCGCAACAGUCGAAAUGUCAACACCAAAUGUCUACGCGGAUCAGAUAGAAUACUUCUGCAAAAAUAUUACAGAGAGAGAAAAGAUUUGCGUCAGCUUACAUCCACAUAAUGACCGAGGAUGUGCUGUUGCAGCUGCAGAGUUGGCACAAAUGGCUGGUGCUGACAGAGUUGAGGGAUGUUUAUUCGGAAACGGAGAGAGAACAGGAAAUGUAGAUUUGGUCACUUUGGCUUUGAACCUCUACACUCAAGGCAUCAACCCUGGCAUUGAUUUCUCGGAUCUUGAGCGGGUCAUUGAUGUCGUGGAAAUCAGCAAUAAGAUUCCAGUUCACCCAAGAGCUCCUUAUGGUGGUUCCUUGGUUGUGUGUGCGUUCAGUGGCUCUCACCAAGACGCAAUCAAGAAGGGGUUCCAACUCCGAAAGAAGGGAAAUCACGGAGAUGAGAACCGCUGGGAAGUACCAUAUCUUCCACUCGAUCCUCAGGAUAUUGGACGUACUUACGAGGCUGUUAUCCGUGUCAAUUCACAGAGUGGUAAGGGUGGAGCUGCUUGGAUUAUCUUAAGAAAUCUUGAGCUUGAUCUCCCAAGAGGAUUACAAGUUGCUUUCAGCAAAGUCGUUCAAAAGCGUGCGGAUGAACUUAGCCGCGAGCUUCUCUCACGGGAAAUUCAAGACUUGUUCGAGCAAACCUACUACCUCAAGCACAAUCCAAGAUUCAGCCUUGUCGAUUACUCUAUCAGUACCGACAGAAGUGCUUCGCCCGUGCCACCCGCUCCAGGUAAGACACAAGAUACGACGAAUUUGAAGCGUCGAUUCGAAGGUGUCAUUUCAAUUGAAGGAGAGGAACGCGAAUUGAAAGGAAUAGGAAAUGGGCCCAUCUCUAGUUUGGCAAAUGCUUUGAAGAGCUUAGGUAUUGAUCUCGAGGUAGCAGAUUACAAAGAGCAUGCUGUUGGUGCUGGUACAAAUGUCAAGGCUGCGUCUUAUAUCGAAUGUACAGCUGCAGGCUCUAAGCAGAAAGUAUGGGGUGUUGGAGUUCACGAGGAUGUUGUUCAAUCGUCUUUGAUUGCUCUCUUGAGUGCAGCUUCAAACUUCAUGGCAAGCAGACCUACAACACCAUUACUCCUCAAGGGUAAGAAUGGUGUGAGCACCAGCCGUGACGUUAAUUCUGAUGACUCACAAAAAGAGAACGGCGGCCUUGCAAUUCCUAAACCUACCACUGCAGCAAAGAGUGGACCGGAUGCAGUGAGUGUCUUGGAGGCUAAGGUCAAUGAAGCAUAAAUUGUUUAUUAGUUAUUUUUUCGUUGUUCUUGGGCUCUCUUAAAGCUGCUUUCGUAGUAAAAAUGAGGGGUAGCUUUUAGCGCGCCUUCUUUUGGGAUGGGGUUCAUGGAGGGGAUAUAUCACCUGGAAAAGCGAUCAAAAAGUGCAUUUGAAACUUGAGAGAAUAGGAAAUUUGUAAACAAAAUGAUGAUUAUCAAAAAAGAUACCCAUCUCAAUAAAACAGAGUUCUUCCUAUGAUCUGCCUCUUUAUUUACAAGUAAGUAGAUAUAUGUAGUGAU